GAGGAGAGUCAAACAAAGCUCGUCCGGAAGGCUCCGCCCAUUUCCUCCGAAAAACCGGUAGUGGUAUUCUAACGACAACAACGCCUUUAUUUCCCCCCACAACAAUAAAAGGGCGACGAGUGGAAGAAGCUUAAUAAUAAACAUUCAAGUCAGCACACUUUUUAUUUACAGGCUUGAAAAGAAAGUCCAACAUGCUGUCGGACGCAGACUACCCGGGCAGCGGCUCCGGCGGCCGGCGAGCCAAAAAGAGGGGCUCCGGGGAAUCUUCCGGGGACAGCCUGGCGCCGCGGUCCUCCGGGAGGCAGAGCAACGUCCGAGUGAAGCGGGCCAACAACCCGCCACCUGGACAGAGCAAAAGAAAAGCGACGGAUACGGAGGAGGAAGACGACCAGUCGGAGAAGAAAUACAGGAAGUGCGAGAAGGCCGGCUGUUCGGCCACAUAUCCCGUCUGCUUUGCCAGUGCGUCCGACAGGUGUGCUAAAAAUGGCUACACGUCUCGCUGGUACCAUCUGUCAUGUGGCGAGCACUUUUGUAACGAAUGCUUUGAUCACUACUACAGAAGUCACAAAGACGGCUACGAGAUUUUUGCCGCGUGGAAAAAGGUGUGGACGAGUAACGGGAAAAGCGAGCCCACUCUUAAGGCUUUCAUGGCAGACCAGCAGCUUCCUUACUGGGUGCAAUGCAACAAGCCGGACUGCAGGAAGUGGCGCCAGCUGACGAAGGAGAUCCAACUCACCAGCUCACUGGCGGCGACGUACCGCUGCGGGAUGAAAUUGAACAACAUUAAGAGCGAAGGUCCGGACCAGUGCUCCCAACCAGAAGACCUGAGAGUGGCGGAGGUGACUGACAGCUGGUGGCAUUCCAUGCUCAUCCUGCCGCCAUUGUUCAAAGACAGCCCGGCCAGUCCUUUCCUGGCUGCUUACUAUCCUGACUGCGUCGGAAUGAGUCCGUCGUGCACUCCCGGCAGCGCGUCCAUGAACGAGCUGAGAGCCGAUCAUUGUAGGGCCGCCCAGCCUCAAAGUACGUACUCCUCAAAAGCCGUUCAGAUCGACGCGAGACUUCAACGGCGGCGUUCUUCUCCAGUUGCAGGUCUGUGUCCGUACUUCCAGCCCUUCUACCAGCCCAACGAGUGCGGCAAGGCUCUCUGCGUCCGACCAGACAUGAUGGAGCUCGACGAGCUUUAUGAGUUCCCGGAAUUUUCCCGCGAUCCCACUAUGUAUUUGGCUCUGCGCAACCUCAUCCUGGCCUCCUGGCACAAAAACUGCAAGGAGGUUCUCACCGCCCAGAAAUGCGCCCUGCACAUCAUCGUGCGCGGGUUGGUGCGCGUGCGCUGCGUGCAAGAGAUGGAGCGGGUGCUCCAAUUCAUGACCAGAAAGGGUCUCAUCAACACAGGAGUGCUGGCUGUCCAGCGGCCUCUGCUCCCGGAAAGGCAUCGCUCUAAGAACGUGGUCGUGAUUGGUGCGGGGCCCUCGGGACUUGCUGCUGCGCGCCAACUGCGCAACUUUGGCACUCAGGUGCUGGUGCUGGAGGCCCGCGAGAGAAUCGGCGGCCGCGUGUGGGACGACACCUCCCUGGGCGUCACCGUGGGUCGCGGCGCUCAGAUCGUCAACGGCUGCGUAAACAACCCGGUUGCUCUGAUGUGUGAACAGAUGGGCGUCCGCAUGCACAAGCUGGGAGAGCGCUGUGACCUGUUCCAGGAGGGCGGCCGCGUCACCGACCCCGCCAUCGACAAGCGCAUGGACUUCCACUUCAAUGCCAUUCUGGACGUGGUGUCGGAGUGGAGGAAGGACAAGUCGCAGGGCCAGGACAAGCCUCUGGGAGAGAAAGUCCAGGAGCUUAAAAAGAACUUCCUUCAGGAGUCCGGCAUCCAGUUCAGUGAGCUGGAGGAGAAAGUCCUCCAGUUUCACCUCAGUAACCUGGAAUAUGCCUGUGGCAGCUCGUUAAACCAGGUUUCGGCCAGGUCCUGGGACCACAAUGAAUUCUUUGCGCAGUUCUCAGGAGACCACACGCUGCUCACUCACGGCUACGCUGCUCUGCUACACAAGCUAGCCGAGGGCCUCGACAUCCGCACUAAGUGCCCGGUUCAGUCCAUCGACUACUCAGGCGAUGUUGUCAGAGUUACUUGCUCUAAUGGCUCCCAGUGGACAGCCAAAAAGGUUCUUGUUACGAUACCGCUAACGUUGCUUCAGAGGAACUUCAUCCAGUUCAACCCACCACUUCCUGAAAGGAAAAUGAAAGCGAUCCACAGUCUGGGAGCAGGCAUCAUUGAGAAGAUCGCCCUCCAGUUUCCGUACAGAUUCUGGGACAACAAGAUCCAGCUGGCGGAUUACUUCGGUCACAUCCCGCCGACUCCCGACAAGAGAGGCAUGUUCACCGUCUUCUAUGACAUGGACCCUCAGGGAAAGCAGGCGGUGCUCAUGUCUGUUAUCGCCGGGGACGCUGUCGCUGCCGUGCGGGACUUGGAGGACAAAGACGUGGUGGACGAGUGCAUGAAGGUGCUGCGUGAGCUCUUCAAAGAGCAGGAGGUCCCUGAGCCGCUGCGGUCCUGGGUCACACACUGGAGCAAAGACAAGUGGUCGCUGAUGUCCUACAGCUUUGUGAAGAUGGGCGGCAGCGGCGAGGCGUAUGACAUCAUCGCCGAAGACGUUCAGGGAAAGUUGUUCUUCGCCGGCGAGGCCACCAACCGACACUUCCCUCAGACCGUAACGGGCGCCUACCUGAGCGGGGUCAGAGAGGCCAGCAAGAUGGCCGCUCUCUGAGCGGAAGGGCCAAACCGCUAUCAGCCGGAUUUGCUCCGUGUGAACAGCCAAGGAUCUCCAAGGGCUUUGCUCCUAACAUCUCACGUCAACAAGGACGGUCAUGCUUGUGCUGGAACACGCUCUUUGUUGGACUCCUGAAACGUCUUAUCACUGAAGAGGAAUGGCGCAUCGAGACGUUUUUAGCUAGGUUUCGUACAAUUGGUGAUGUGUUGUUGCAGGACGCGAGUGUCAGGUUAAAUGUGUAGAAGAAGAACUCGAUGCCAGGACGCGUAGUUGAGUUGUGUGACGUGUUGGUGUGUUGCAAUAAGGUAAAAGACUGUCCUCUCACUUUCUCAGGGAUGACAUCAGGACAACAAGUAAUUCAUGUUCCAUUCUCAAUAUGAUAUUUGUCUUGUAUUUGUCCCCGAGUGACUAUUUCAAGUUUGUCAACAGCACAACACCGACUACUAAUGUUUGUGUUCUCAUAUCUGUCUGGAAUAUUCCAAAAGGUUCUGUUUGUUACACAUUUCAGCGUGUAUGUUAUUUAUCUGCUGUACUGUAUGUGUAAUAAACCGUGUGACAAAAGG